UUUUGUCUUGUCUUCUCUUUUCAAAUAGAGGCAACUAUACUAUAACAAAGCCUGUCAAGUUUAAGAUACGUUGUCCAGCCUACCCAUUUUUUGCGUGGUUUAUAAAGCUUAGUGCUGGUCAUUCAGUGCUUAGAUGUAUGGAACUAAUCUUAAAGUUUUCUAACAUUUAUAAGGACCCAAGGUUCUUGUUUUUAAGUAGUUAAAGUGAAUGCACUGAUUCCUUAUAUAACUAACUAUAAUGACCUGAGAUGUGAUGGAAGAAAAAUAAUGCUGUUUUAAUGCUGCCUACCAAUGUGCCAUAGCCCAUAUGGGAAAAACUAAGAAUCUAAGGCAAAUGGCUACUCUCACUUACGAUACUCUCAGGUUUGAGUACGAAGACUUCCCAGAAACCAAAGAGCCUGUUUGGAUCCUGGGAAGAAAAUACAGCGCACUAACAGAGAAAGAAGAGAUUUUGUUGGAUGUCACUUCUCGUCUUUGGUUCACAUAUAGAAAAGGUUUUCCAGCCAUUGGGGGAACAGGUCCGACAUCUGACACUGGUUGGGGUUGUAUGCUAAGAUGUGGCCAGAUGAUUUUUGCCCAGGCUUUGGUUGGCAGGCACUUAAGCAGAGAUUGGAGGUGGAUGAAAGGGAAGAAACAGAUAGACAACUAUUACAAUGUUCUCAAUGCUUUCAUUGAUAAAAAGGACAGUUACUACUCAAUCCACCAAAUAGCCCAGAUGGGAGUUGGAGAAGGCAAAUCCAUAGGCCAAUGGUAUGGACCAAAUACAGUUGCACAGGUACUCAAAAAACUUGCCACAUUUGAUACAUGGAGUUCUUUGGCAGUGCACAUAGCCAUGGAUAAUACUGUUGUGAUAGAGGAAAUAAGAAGGUUAUGCAAGCCCAACUCUCCAUGUCCUGGAGCCUCAGCAUUUCCUUCUGCAGAAUCAGAUUUUUUUUCUAAUGGUUAUCCAGAUGGAGAUGAAUCUACAGACUGUUUAUUGCUUUGGAAACCACUAGUGCUGCUGAUACCUCUUCGCCUUGGUCUCACAGACAUCAAUGAAGCCUAUAUUGAAACACUGAAGCAUUGCUUUAUGAUGCCUCAGUCGCUAGGUGUGAUUGGAGGAAAACCCAAUAGUGCGCAUUAUUUCAUUGGAUAUGUUGGUGAAGAACUAAUCUAUCUUGACCCGCAUACUACUCAGCCUGCAGUGGAACUUGUAGACAGUUGCCACAUCUCUGAUGAAAGCUUUCAUUGCCAGCAUCCGCCUUGCAGAAUGAGCAUUGCAGAACUAGAUCCUUCUAUUGCAGUAGGAUUCUUCUGCAAAAAAGAAGAAGACUUCAGUGACUGGUGCCAGCAAAUCAAGAAGUUGUCACUGAUUAGAGGAGCCCUUCCCAUGUUUGAGCUAAUAGAACAUCAGCCUUCACACUUCUCUAGUCCUGAUGUCUUGAAUCUCACUCCAGAUUCUUCUGAUGCAGACAGAUUGGAAAGAUUCUUUGAUUCAGAGGAUGAAGAUUUUGAAAUCUUAUCACUUUAACAAAAGAAACUACACUAACUGCCAAUUUGGGUUGAGUGGGGGAGGGGAGCUCCUUGGAGAGCCUAGGGCUACCAGCUUUCAUAGGUGCUUGUUGACAUCCUUGCCUCCCAUUUACCCCAGCAUUCUGUGCAACCUUGGAGCAGAGUGGAUUUUUGCAGUGGGAUCAAGAAACGGGUCGUCGUUAAGGCCUUAAUAGCUUUAGUUACUUUCUCAGUGCAAGAAUAUCCAUGGGAAAGGGAUGCAAAGUUUCCUAGGAGCUGGAAAUUAUUUUCAUAGGAACAGGAACAGGCACAAAGGCUUGACUAUAAUAGUAAAAGCUCUUCAGAGUGUUUGGCCUAAGUUCUCUCUAUUAUUAGGGAGUCUUGUUACUUCUGUUCCCAUUUUUAUAGUGUGAAAUGAAAACCAGCAUAACAGCUGUAAGACAGGUAUCUGCAUUAUGUCUCCCUAAUCAGCUGGCCAUAUUCUGAGACAGGUAUCUGCAUUAUGUCUCCCUAAUCAGCUGGCCAUAUUCUGAAUUAUUUGGGGCCACAAGCUCUCACGAUUGACAGCACCAAAUGUUCCAACUUGUACUUUAGAUUUUCUCCAAUACAGUGCUUCCAUGGUUUUGGUUUCAAAGUUGCAAUUUAUUUUUUAAAAUAUAAUGUUCUACAUUCUAGCAAUCACAAGAGCAUAUCAUACAGAACAUGUUAAAAUAUGUUCUAAAGAUGACAAGAGAACAUCAGUAGAUAAUAUAGGGAAGGCUCUGACAGUUACUCUUCUCACAGUAAAUGCACAAACAGAAUGGUGUUACUCAGAUUUUGCUUCGUUAUUUUUAUUUGGAUAUUUUUCUAUUUUGUAUUAAAAAUAUGGCUGCUAUUUCAUAAAAUGAGGUGAAAACAUCCAUUAGCUGAUGAAUUAAAAGUGCUUCUGAUUCCUCCUCUUAAUAAAAUUUAGACUGUACAUGGACACAAGUCUUGCGUUAACAGCUAUUUUAAAAUCAUGAUUUCAGGCCAAAGGUGUGUUCUCAUCUCCCCUUUUUAAAGUACCACGCAAAGCUAUUUCUAUUGUGUGUCUUUGUUUUUCAUUUGUUUCAGUUCUUAAUAUGUAAUUUUAAAGAAAGUUAAAGCAAAUUCUUCAUCCCUUAAAUCAUUACCUUUCUGGCCAGGAUUUCCAGCCUAUUAUAUUCCAAAAUAGCAGAAGAGCUCCUCUGUUUCUAAAAGAUAGGAAUGGCGGGCAAGAACCCCAUCAGUUCCAAGCAUUAGCUCAAUCAAUGGAUGUUGCAGUGGCAAAUAUGUUUACAAAGCAUUCUUGCCUGCAUUUAUAAGCAGAACUGUCAAACUACAGAUGGUACUAUAACCAUCUAUAAAGUAACUGCAUAUAGUAGGUCCAGUUGCCUAUUUAGCUACUAGAAAUCAAAUUUGAACCAUGAUGCUUAUUUGUCAUUGUUAUAGCUUACUGUGCUUCUCUUUCUUUUGGAAGAAGAGCAUAGUCAGAUUGUGUUUCAUUCAUCAACUGCUUUCAAUUUGUAUCUGAAUAAAACAAAUUUAAAAAGG